AUGAACUCUAAUUAUUCUCCUUUCGAAUCAUCAGUUCAACAAUACCUGAUCGAAGAAGACGAUCCUUCCUCCUCGAUGGCUCUCAUGAAUGGCGUCUUCACUGGCAGCAACCGUACUUCGAAUCUGGACUGUGACAUGGCUUCGCCGGAGCAGGGAGUUAGCAGCUCCACUGGCACGGUGUUUUCCGGCGAGGAUGACAACGCUACGAAACCAGGUGAUGAUGACAGAGUGAACGGUAGUGAUCCGGAAUCUGCGGCGCGUGAAGGGAACGCGCCACCAAGAUGGAGGAAUUACCGAGGUGUGAGGCGGCGGCCGUGGGGGAAGUUCGCUGCUGAGAUCCGGGACCCGAAUAGAAACGGUGCAAGGACGUGGCUGGGAACUUAUGAGAAGGAAGAGGAUGCAGCUCUGGCUUAUGAUAGAGCCGCUUUCAAGAUGCAUGGUAGAAGAGCCAAGCUCAAUUUUCCUCACCUCGUUGGGUCGGAGACACCGCGGGAGCCGGCAGCAAGAGUCGUGGCUGGACAGAAACGGCACAGCUCGCCGGAACCUUCGUCGCCGUCAAACAAGACAUCUGAGGAUGACGGAUCUCAAGGGUCAAGCAAGAAGAAGAGCCUGACCGAACUAUUGAACAAGUUAGCAGCAAAUAGAAGCCGUGUCAGAUUGGGUUGA